CGCAACCGUGACCAGGCAUACUUCAAUCGCUGCUACUCAGUCCUUUCGAUUAUUUUGCAACUCGGUUUUAGAAGACUUGCGAACCUAACAAGAAUGGAUAUGGACUCUCCUUGGGACGACGUCCCCUCUAAAUCACAGGGCGAGCCUCAAGAAUCAGCAACGAGCUCCUCGAAAGAGAAUGCCGCUCCCGGUAUGAAGCAUUCCGCAGACCAAGAUGGAUCUAUUGAUACCAAUGCCUCACCAGGCUCAUCCACUCCUUCGAAACCUACCAGCAGCGGACCCCGACCAUCCUCAUCUCGAAAGAUACCCGCACGCAAGAUCGAAGUUCAACCUACGAAGCUCGAGGCCGUCGACGAUUCUCUAGAUCCGCUGGGCCCUCUGGGUGCAGAGCCUUCGCCGGCAACUCCCUCGAUACAGGCAGACCAGGCCCCGACGCCGCCCAGGAAAGAGCUCAGCGCCAAAGCAAACCGCCCACCCUCUGCUCCCUCACCGGGCUUUCCAGGUUCAGAAUAUGAAGAUGGCUCUCUUCCUGUGGGAAGGACGAAGGGUCCACCACCUGUACAACCCCAGGCCACUGGGGCGGUUCGUCAGACACAACCUAGCGUGAGCGUCGAGCAAGCCGCGAAACCCACGUUUGAUAUUUCGGUGGGAGAUCCACACAAGGUUGGAGAUCUGACUAGCAGUCAUAUUGUCUAUCAAGUGCGAACGAAGACGACAUCGAAAGCCUACAAACAACCCGAGUUCGCCGUCUCUCGGCGGUAUCGAGAUUUCCGGUGGCUGUACAAUGCUCUUCACAAUAACAACCCGGGUGUCGUGGUUCCCCCCCCUCCAGAGAAACAAGCCGUCGGUCGGUUCGAUAACGAAUUUGUCGAGUCUCGCCGGCAAGCACUGGAACGAAUGUUAAACAAGAUUGCUGCUCACCCGAUAUUGCACCACGAUGCGGAUCUCAAGAUCUUCCUCGAAAGUGAAGCCUUCAAUCUUGACGUAAAGAACAAGGAGAACCGAGAGCCCGACUUGGGCCAAAACAAAGGCAUGUUAAGUUCCCUAGGUAUCAAUGUAGGCGGAUCAAGUGGGAAGUUUGUUGAGCAUGAUGAUUGGUUCCAUGAUCGCAAGAUUUAUCUGGAUGCUCUGGAAAAUCAGUUGAGAGCUUUGCUCAAGGCGCUGGACACGGUAGUCGCACAGCGAAAGGGUCUGGCUGAAGCUGCUGGGGAUUUUGCAUUGUCUCUGGGCAAUCUAGCGAGGGUCGAACUGUCACCGAUAUUUUCUGGGCCAGUACAAGGUCUUGCAGAUCUGCAGAUUCGAAUUCGAGAACUGUACGAGAGGCAAGCUCAGCAAGAUGUUCUGACUCUGGGUAUCACGAUUGACGAGUAUAUUCGCCUGAUCGGAAGCGUGAAGCAAGCUUUCACACAGAGGCAAAAGGCAUUCCACUCCUGGCAUGCUGCUGAGAGCGAGCUUGCGAAGCGUCGAAGCUCCCAUGAGAAGUUGCUUCGACAGGGUAAAAGUCAGCAAGACAAACUCAAUGAGGUCGGUGCUGGCGUUAGUGAUGCCGAGAAAAGGGCGCACCAGGCACGAUUGUUGUUUGAAGAUAUGGGACGUCUCAUGCGCGGAGAGCUGGAAAGAUUUGAGAGGGAAAAGGUCGAGGACUUUAAGAGUGGUGUUGAGACGUUCCUUGAGGGAGCCGUGGAGGCCCAAAAAGAGUUGAUCGAAUUGUGGGAAACAUUCUUAUUACAGAUGGAUGCCGAAGAAGAAGCCGCAGCAGCAGCCAUUCCUCCAAAGACUCAGUCAACGACAAGUGAACCUGCGGCAAUAGCAAGCCCAGAUGUGGCAGCACCUCCUGAAGAUAGCACAGAGGGCACACCAGCCACGGCGACCGACGUAGCACUGGAGCAGGAUGCGUGAGAUGAAAAAUGAUCUUCACGUAUCGGCGGAGGGAUAUAAAAGCGGGACGUGUGAGUUCCAGAUGAAGAAGGUAUUGAACAAAAAGAAACGUACAGUACGGUCUGUUGUCUCCCCUUAUUGCUGAGAUGUCGUUUCUUCUCUCUCUCCUUAGAUACCCCCAUAAACCAAUACUGCUUCACCUCCGUGUUCAGCCGAUAUGGUUCACUUUCCUC